AUGGACGGCCUCCUCAUCGAUUCCGAGGACCUCUACACCCAAGUCACCAACACCCUCCUAGCACGCUACAACCGGCCCUCCCUCCCAUGGUCCGUAAAAGCCCAACUUCAAGGCCGUCCCGGCGCCCAAGCCUACGAGAUCUUCCGCGCCUGGGCCCAGCUCCCCAUACCAGUUGAGCAAUUCCACAAAGAGCAACAAGAACUGCAAAAGGAGCUGUUCCCUAAGACAAAUUGGUUGCCGGGUGUGGUGGAGCUGUUGGAGGGGUUGCAGAAGAGGGGGGUUCACAUGGCGCUUGCGACGAGCAGUCAUAAGUUUACAUAUGACCUGAAGACAGGGCAUUUGAAAAGCGUAUUUGAUAAGUACUUCAAGGAUGAGCACAAGAUUUUGGGUGAUGAUAAGAGGAUACCGCCCGGCAGAGGAAAGCCAGCACCGGACAUUUAUCUGCUUGCACUGUCUGUGUUGAACAAAACACUCGAGGAGCAGGGAGAGAAGGCCUUGCAGCCGGAGGAGUGUUUGGUGUUUGAGGACAGUGUGCCGGGUGUCGAGUCAGGAAGGCGAGCAGGCUGCCAGGUCGUCUGGUGUCCGCAUGUGGGACUGCUGAACGAAUAUAAGGGUAAGGAAAAGGAGGUUCUGGCGGGCCUGACUGGGGAGCACAAGGAGGAUGAAGAAGAGCAGUUGCGACAUACGGAGGUGGAAGUCAAGGAAGGCAAGCGGAGAGUAGGCCUACCCGGAGAAGUCGACGACGGCUUUGGGAGGUUGCAUAAUACACUGGAGAAUUUCCCGUACGGUUCGUACGGGAUCAAGGCGCCAGCUGCAUGA